UCUAGGUUAGAGCCUCUCUGCUUGUUUCCUUCCUCACUCUGCUCGGUUCAAGGAAAUUGCUCCUGUUUGCAGUGCUAGCCCGCCUUUAAAAAUAUGAUCAGUACAGUUCACACGCUGGUAGCUGUAUCCUCUGCACUGUCGAGAAGCAAUGAAGGACAUACUUGUACUGCUGGUUCUGCUGAAUGUCCAAACUAUCAAGGUCUGCUCUCAGCCCUAUCAGCCAGACUCAGAAGGAAACUGCCGCAACACAACAACAGAGUACCUGUUGGAAGACUUUAACCUGUGCUGCAAGAAAUGUCCCCCUGGACAGCGACAGAAAGUAAAAUGCUCCCAAUCAACUGACACUGAGUGUGAACAAUGUUCACCGGGGCAGUUCCUAGAGGGCUGGAACUACUCUCCCAACUGCCUUUCCUGUAAAAUAUGCAAACCAAUUAAAGGUCUGCAGGAUGUCCAGAAAUGUUCCUCUACCACAAGGUCCAAGUGUGGGUGCCAGCCAGGGAGGUAUUGCUUCAUGGGGUUUGAAAACCUAUACUGUGACGAAUGUAGGAAGUACACGGAGUGCAAAGCUGGUUAUGGAGUACUUACACCAGGGAAGGCUAACUCAAAUGUAAAGUGUCAGGGGUGCCCUGAUGGGACGUUCUCCGAUAGAAAGUCCUCCACAGACCGCUGUCAGCCUCACACAGUCUGUCAUGGGAGGGUUGUGAGAAAAGGCAACGCUACUUCAGACAACGUGUGUGAAACUGAAGCUUUUAUAUCUACCACACAGCCUCGAGUCUUAAUAAAUAAGGGUGUGGUUACAACUGCAACUACAAUGGCGGGCACACUCUCAGCGAACCCAGAGUCAAAGACAGAAUCCAUACUGUCUCCCAGCACAUUUGUUUCAGGCGUAGCGAACAACUAUUCAACAAAAAGCCCGCCACCAAGCACAGUAUCGGACGUUAAGCUGGGUGCAAUCAUUGCGACUGUUGUUGGAGUACCAAUUUUUAUCAUCAUCAUCAUUCUGCUGUUGCUUUCGAGAACCAUCUGGAAGAAAGAUGCUGCAAGAUUUCAACCUAAAGUGGAUGCAAAUGGAAACUGUGAGACUGCUGAUAAAAUCAAUCAGGGUUAUUUGGCGGAAACUCAGGUGACUUCAUUCACAACAACUUUACCAGAGCAACAGUGUCUGCUGGAGAAAGGAGAAGCCUACAGUGACCAGACCCAGUGUGGAAACAACAAAGAAACUUUGACUAGAACAGAAGGCUGCAGCAGCUCCGAGUCCAACGGACCUUUGCAAUCCACCAUGCCUCUUCACAAUCCAUACUCUGGUCUGUCUGAGCCCAUGUCUUUACACUCCCACAUAGAGCCUGUUGCUCAGCAGACCAGCGUCUCCACACCGUCCUCCACUCAGCCUGUGACAACCAGUCCCCACGUCAACGUCAGCAUCAUUGUUAACAUCGGUAACGGGACUGGUGAGACAACAUCUGUCAUGCCCACAGACUUGAUGCAUGUAGACUCUAAUCUCCCCUUUGGAGAGAAAGAGGAGUCCUCUAGCACCCCACAGCAAGAAGCUGGCAAACAAUCACUGAUGUCAGUACAGGAGAGCACAACCUGCUGUGCAUGAAGACUGACCUGCACGACAGACUUUUAAUCUGUUUUUGCUUCAUGUCAUGAUAAAACAUUGAAAAGAACAGGCGAGGUAAGGCAUGUUUUUAACAUGACAAGCUUAUGCCUUUAUUCAAAAUUAUCCACUGCCACGUUGUGUUUAUAUAUAUAUAUAUAUAGUAUGCUGUAAAUAAAGAUGUAAAUAUUUUUGUCCUUCAGUGAUGUAGAGCAAGCACAAGUAGAUGCAAAUUAAAAAUAUAAAUACUGAUGUAAA